GGAGCUGAGCCCCUUCCUGCAGGCGCCGGCAGAAGGGCGGCAGGUCGCGCCGGCAGCUGCUGUCAGCGGUUGCGCUCCGCUCCCCGGUUCGGCGAUGGCGGCCACCGUGGCGGGGCUUCGCGCCUCUUACCACCGCCUGCUCGACCGCAUCGAGCUUAAGCUGCCGCCGCGGCUGCGGCCCAUCUACAACCACCCUGCAGGUCCCAAGACAGUGUUUUUCUGGGCGCCUGUUAUGAAAUGGGGUUUGGUAUGUGCUGGAAUGGCAGAUAUGACAAGACCAGCAGAAAAAUUGAGCACAGCACAGUCUGCAGUGUUGACGGCUACAGGCCUUAUUUGGUCAAGAUACUCUCUAGUCAUCAUACCUAAAAACUGGGGCCUGUUUACCGUGAAUUUCUUUGUUGGCUGUGCUGGUGGUUCCCAGCUCUUUCGAAUAUGGAGAUAUAAUCAGGAACUAAAGGCAAAGGAACAAGAACAGCAGCAUCAGAAAGAAGCUUAACCCUACUGACUGAAUCCAGCCACACACACUUUCCAGUGGGACCCAGCUUGACUGGUUUUAAUCUUUUUCUCUGUGAAGAGAAAACAUAACCUUUCUAAAUGUCUAGAGAACAAACAUUUCUAUCACUGGAGAUAAUAUGCAGUGCCUCUACAUAUUUACGUAAAAUAUAACGUUUAAAUUAUAGUUGAUGUAACCAACUGUCUUGAGUGAGUAUGCUUUGUAUUUUGCCUUUUGGAAGAAACUGGUUCUUCAAUGAUUGGUGGCUUAGCAAAUUGUCAGAACCAGUUCUGGCAUCCAUUGAAAUCUGACUGCUGGCAAGGUGACAUCCCUACACAAAUUAAAACAAGCUCUUGAAAAUCUAAGACUAGUCCUUCAAAAUUAGAUGCACUGUGUAGCAAGUGCAAGUCUUACCUACCAACUAUCAUAUGGCAUUAGAGCAGCACUCUUGCUUUCAAGACCAUGACUCCUGUGUUUCUUUCCCCCCAACACCUCCUUUUCUAGGACUGUGGUUUGAUUCUUUCCAUUGCCCCAUUCUGUAUUUCUUCUGACUUGUUUUCUUGCAAGAUGCAUGAGGCCUCCUUUUCUCCUUUUGAUGAUCAGUUUCCAUUUGCAUUCUCAGUUGGCCAGUGCCCAUUGCUGUCCAAUUUAUUUUGCAAAGUAAUUUCUGAGCAUUUAAUUGGCCAUUCACUUUAUAGGAGUGGAGAGAGGCUGGCAGAAGCCUUUCCAAUUGCUAUCAUUGUAAUUUCUUGUAUCCGCAAAAAUAAGGAGCAUUUAUGAGUAAGACUGUUGCACAGCUCCUCCCCCCCAAUCCCAAAACGUUCAGAUAGGAUCUAGGAAAUGUGCCUAAUGCAAGAUAAACCCCCACCUGCAAGGAGCUUGCAGCCAGGAGAGAACUCACUAGGAAACACAGGAGUCACCUUCCUGUUGUGGAAUGAAGUAGUGGUCAUGCAUAAUGUCUACACACACAGACCAGGUGAACUGCUGCAUCAUUACUCCAUUAAAUUGUAUGAUAGUCAAAACCAAAA